GUGUAUGCAUAAUCAUCAUAACAAAAACAAAUGGAGGAGAUACAGGAUGGACUGAAAACUUAAAGAAAUAUUACAUUAAUUCGUUGACUUAUGAGUAAUUUAGAAGAAAACCAAAAUAAACUACAAAUUGUAGAAUCUCCAGAGUAUACGGAAAUCAAAGAAGAAGGACCAAGUACGAGUGGUAUGUCUGGAGACAGGCCUCAGAAACGAGCUGGUCGCAGACCUGGUCGUCGAAGUUCCAAGAUGGAUGUCCGUGCCAAGCUGGAGAGAAGUAGACAGAGUGCACGAGAGUGUCGUGCCAGGAAGAAGCUCCGUUAUCAGUACCUUGAAGAUUUGGUUGCCAACAGAGAAAAGGCAGUAUUUGCUCUGAGGGAUGAGCUGGAAAUGUAUAAGCAGUGGUGUAUACAGAUUGACUCUGGUUUGAUGCCAAUGUCACUACUCCAGAUUGCAGACAACGAAAAAAUUGACGAGUUGGAGCCAAAAAGGCGGCGUAUGGAUAAAAUCACGGAAAACGAUAAUGACAGCCUAAAGUCUACAUGGAUUGAGGAACAAUCGGGAAGUACAGAAAAUUUCAAGGGGAAUAAUUUUUGUGCCAAUAUUUUUACGAAGGGAGAUAAUCAGUUUGAACAUAGUGCCAGUUCUGUUGAAAGUGCAGCUGGAUCAAGCAUGGAUGAUUUAAUAUGGAAACUGGAGGGAGAUAUGAUUAGAAUUGAACCAAGAACUAGAAACUCAGUAUUAAGGGGAACUAACUGUGUCUUACCUACUAUAGUUGAAGAAUCUGAAAAGUAAGGGAGACAGUUUUGAAGUUUAAAAGCUAAAGUGUAUUCAUAGGGCAUACUACAAAAAUUAAUGUUGUUAAAAAAAACACAGGACUUUGAAGAGAAAUGUGUAAUGCUUACAUAGUGUAUGAAGUUUUUUGUGAGAAUGAAUAGAAAGUGUGUAGAAUAUUUGUUAUCUAAAUAUUACAGCAGUGAAAUUAAGUCAGCUAUAUACAUGUAAUGUGUAAGACAGGGAACAGAUGAACAAGAAAUGGAGAAGCAAAAGUAGACGUUGUGCUUGAUCAUGAGUUAGUGCUUAAUUUACAUGAUUCUGUACUUCAUUUAUGUUUUAUCUUUAUGAAGUUUGCUUUACAGUGACUUAGUGAAUACUAUUGCCUAUAAUUACCCAUACAAUACACAUGUUAAAGGAGAAUGUGACAGGAGCAAAGGCUGGAACAUUUUUAUGUUUAGUGUUUAGAGAUCUGGUGAAACAAAUGAUGUAAUCUGAGUAUUCAGCUGAUAGGCCUGAAAAUGUAUACAGACUGAGUUUAUUUAGAAACUUUUCAACAGAUCACAAAACUUGUGGUGCAACUGACCCUUACUGUAACAGCAAAGAUAUAAUGACCUAACUUACCUUUGACACAAAAUUCUCUUCUGACUGAAAAAUGAUUUAAACUAUGUUAUUUUUAAUAGGACCAAUUUUUCCUAAUGUGUUGAAUUAAAUUUAUUAUAAAUAUAAUAUAAUAAUAUAUAUCAUAUUUGUAUAAUUUCAUGUUUAUGUGUGUUAGAACCGUUGAACGAAUCUCAAGGAAUUCUUUAAGUUAUGAUUCUGUUAAGUAUAUACACUGGUCUAAUGAUAUCUUCGUAUUUAAAAAUAGUUUUUACUUUUUCCAUGAUGUAAGGCACUUCAAGGUGACCUAUUUUUACUGUGUCAUUGUCUAUCCAUUAAUUUCUGGAUUCUAACAAUGUCCAUUAAUGCGCCAAUUUUUGCCUAAUUUGCUGUAAAGCAAAGCUUCAGCCUUAUUUAAUAUACCUAGUCAGGAUUACUUUUUUGAAGGGAGGUUAUAAAUUCAUCUUUAAAAUGCUUGUUGUCUCCCUUAGAUAAUUUAUGCAAUGAAGUAUUUUUAACUUGCAAAUUUAAAUUUCAUCAUUAAUUGUACCGAACAUUUUUCCCCCUUUGUUUAUUUUUAAGUGUAAGGAUAAUAAUUUUUUAUUGUUUAAUAGAUACAUGUAGAGGUGACUACAGCUUUUGUGCAAAUUUUGAUGAUGUUUAUAUGUUGUUUCUUUUUAAAUAUUAAUGAUUAUUUUAAACAACUGCUUGUAUCUAAAUGUGAGAUUUUAGCAAAAUAAAUGUAUCAUGAAGGAA